UCAUACUGACCGGUCCUUCCACAACAGGCUGAUACUCAAAACACACCCACGUCCCAUCGUCAACGCCCUCGGCCCACCCACCACUUCACCCUCACCACCGGGCCAACCUCCUCAAGGUUGAACCUCCUCCCACCAUGACGACAAUGGACCUCCGCGUCGGCAACAAGUACAGAAUCGGCCGCAAAAUUGGUAGUGGCAGUUUCGGUGACAUCUACCUUGGUACCAACAUCAUCUCCGGCGAAGAGAUCGCCAUCAAGCUUGAGAGCGUCAAGGCCAAGCACCCCCAGCUUGAGUAUGAGGCCCGUGUCUACAAGUCGCUUGCUGGCGGCGUAGGCAUUCCUUUUGUCCGCUGGUUCGGAACUGAGUGUGACUACAACGCCAUGGUCUUGGAUCUGCUCGGCCCUUCGCUCGAGGAUCUCUUCAACUUCUGCAACCGCAAGUUUUCUCUCAAGACGGUCCUGCUUCUUGCCGACCAGCUCAUCUCCCGCAUCGAGUACAUCCACGCAAAGUCGUUCAUCCACCGUGAUAUCAAGCCCGACAACUUCCUCAUGGGCAUUGGCAAGCGCGGCAACCAGGUCAAUGUCAUCGACUUUGGUCUCGCCAAGAAGUACCGCGACCCCAAGACCCACUUCCACAUUCCUUACAGAGAGAACAAGAACUUGACUGGUACCGCCCGUUAUGCCAGUAUCAACACUCACUUGGGUGUCGAACAAUCCCGCCGUGACGACAUGGAGUCCCUUGGCUAUGUUAUGCUCUACUUCUGCCGUGGCUCCCUUCCCUGGCAGGGUCUUAAGGCGGCCACCAAGAAGCAGAAAUAUGACCGCAUCAUGGAGAAGAAGAUGACAACCCCUACCGAAGUCCUGUGCCGUGGCUUCCCUAAUGAGUUUGCCAUCUACCUCAACUACACCCGCUCUCUGCGUUUUGAUGACAAGCCGGACUACUCGUACCUCCGCAAGAUCUUCCGCGAUCUCUUUGUUCGUGAGGGCUUCCAGUACGACUACGUCUUUGACUGGACCGUCUACAAGUACCAGAAGAACGCCCAAGCCAUCGCCCAAGCUGCCAACCAGGGCCAGGGCGAUGAAGACGACAAGGGUCGCGGACGCCACGUCACAACUACGGCUGCUGCAAACGCCGGCACCGCUGCUGGCACCAAGCGCGGACCGGUCAACGCACGCCAGGAGGGCACCGGAAUGUGAGUUCGAUAUAUCUGAUCCUCGUAAGGGACCCUCUCCUUUGCGUUUGGUGUGAUAACGCUUA